AAAUAAAAAAGUCAGCUGCGAAGUAUACUUUCUUAUCCAAACACUCUCUCUCGCUCGCUCGCAUGGCUCUUCUUCGUCUUCCUCCCAUUUCCCUCCAAAUUCUAGGUCACCAAUCUGACCAAAAAUGCCCGAAUCCCAGAUUUUCGCUCAGGAAUUUCUCUCUCAAUUGGUCUACUGCCUCACUAUCUCGUCUUCAUCGUCAUGAGACGUUUCUAGACUCAGUUCCAGCAAAAUCCAGAAAUCUUACCACUUACUUCUCCUCUACUACCCAAGAGCCAAUCCUCGAAUCUUCUUCUUCUUCUUCAACUGAAGAAGAGAUUUCUAAAACCAGAUUGAUUGCUCAGAACGUUCCAUGGACCUCUACACCUGAAGACAUAAGAUCGUUGUUCGAGAAAUUCGGGAUUGUCGUCGACGUUGAGAUGUCUAUGCAUAAGAAGGAAAGAAACAGAGGUUUGGUUUUCAUUGAAAUGGCUUCUCCUGAAGAAGCUGCAACAGCUCUCAAAGCUCUCGAAUCAUUUGAAUACGAGGGUCGUCGUUUGAAGGUAGACUAUGCGAAGACCAAAAAGAAGAAAACAUAUGCGCCGCGCGAGAAGCCUACCGCUGUUCCUACAUUCAAUUUGUUUGUUGCGAACCUGUCUUUUGAAGCAAGGGCCAAGCAUCUUAAGGAGUUCUUUGAUGCAGACACUGGAAACGUUGUGUCCACUGAAGUUAUAUUCCAUGAAAAUCCGAGGAGGUCGAGUGGCUACGGGUUUGUCUCUUUCAAAACCAAGAAAAUGGCCGAGGCAGCGCUCGUUGACUUCCAAGGAAAGGAUUUCAUGGGAAGACCAAUCCGAUUAGCUCGUAGCAAACAGUUUGUGAAGUUGCAAGCUAAAGAAGGGUUGCAAGCAACUGAUGAGGAGGAACCAUCUCAGCCUGAGACAAUGACACUAGAGAACGAAUCUCCGGCUGCAGAAAACUGAAAAAGUCUGUGUUGCAGGAUCUAGUAAGAAGUACAAGACCGAUCUAGUAAGAACUGGAAACUAGCGUCGUCAGUUUCAGAUCAGAUAAGUCCCAAGAAACAAAACCUAUGUGGCUCUGAGAACUUGCUCAAGAAACCAAAACUUAAGUGGAUCUGAGAACUUGCUAUGUUAAGUUAACACAUUGCUCUUUUUGUUUAUCAUUUGGUUUCCAUUGAUUGUUUGCAAUUGUUUUCUCAAGAAACCCUGAAUCUUUAGUACCUAUAUAUAAGCUAUUACUUCAAUGCAAAAAUGUAUCUUUCA